AUGUUGAGAAGUAAUCUGUCAAAUAUCCCUCGUGAAAUUAAUGAACAAUGCCCAAGUAUUCACUUGCUUGCUGAAAGUCAAGAUCUAACUGUCCAAGCAAAGGCGAACAAAGUGAGUUUACUGUGUGUAGAUAAUGUAAGGAGCAUGAGUUAUGAAUCCAGUGUUACUACAGCAGGAAAGUGCAGUCACUGGAGUACCUACAGAAAAUAUUCAAUGUUUGAUUCAGACUGGAAGCUCUUAUAUAUAAUUCGGUGCCUUAAAUACCACAUACAAUGAACGUGAAUGUUGAAUGAUGAAUGAUGAAUUUUCUUUUGAAGAUUGUUCUAGCAAUCGCAUCGUAUUUGAAGCAAGAUGAAAAUCAGCCCGCUUCUAGAGGUAGGUGUGGUGGUCAUGAUGGUGGUGGUAUUGUAGUUGUUGUUUUGUAACUUUUGUUCUUCUUGAUGGUGGUAUAAUAAUAAUAAUAGUGAGGGUGAUGAUGAUGAUGAUGGUGGUGGUGAUGAUGUUGGUGGUAAUGGUGAUGAUGGUGGUGGUGAUGAUGAUUGUGAUGAUGUUGGUGGUGGUGAUGUUGGUGGUGGUGAUGAUGGUGGUGGUGAUGAUGGUGGUG